AUGUCGGCCGCUUCCACAUCCAGCGCCGGCUACAAGAUGGAGCCUGGCGCGCUCACCUCCAACUUCAGCGUUGGUGACUAUGCACGUUUCUUUGCAUCGGGCGCGCUCUGCGCCACCAUCACCCACGGCGCCAUGACCCCGGUCGACGUGGUCAAGACCCGCAUUCAACUCGAGCCCAAGGGAUCCAAGGCCUCCAUGCUUUCGAUGGGCCGUCAGAUCAUCGCCUCCGAGGGUCCUGCCGGUCUUCUGACCGGCUUUGGCCCCACCGCAGUCGGCUACCUCAUCCAGGGCGGUGCCAAGUUCGCCGGCUACGAGUUCUUCAAGAAGAAGGGCGUCGACCUUGCCGGCAGCCACGAGGCUGCUCAGCGCUAUCGACAGGCCAUCUACCUCGGUGGUGCGGCCGCCGCGGAGCUCAUCGCCACGACCCUUCUGACGCCUCUCGAGGCUGCUCGUAUUCGCAUGGUCUCCGAACGAGGCUACGCUAAGGGCCUUGUGUCUGCAAUCACCCGCAUGGGUGCCGAGGAAGGCAUUCGCGGCUUCUACGCUGGAUACGCACCCAUCCUCUGCAAGCAAAUCCCUUAUGCCAUCGGCCAAUUCGUCACCAACGAGUGGGCACACACCGUCGCCGACUCCGCCAUCUCGAAAGAAGACCGCGCCAAGUACGGCAAGGCUGGCGAGGUCACCAUCCAGCUCGGAUGCGGUAUGGUCGCCGGUGUUGCCGCCGCAGUGCUCUCCCACCCUGCCGACACCCUCCUCAGCAAGAUCAACAAGGGCGGAGGAGGUCAGGGCAGCGCCAUGACCAAGCUCAUCCGUCUGGCCGUCGAGACCGGACCCGUCGGAAUCUGGGCAGGCCUCGGCACUCGUGUGCUCAUGACCAGUUUCCUGGUGUCUGGGCAGUUCUUGAUAUACGCUCAGGUGGGCCAGCUCAUCGGCAAACCACCUGGUAUCGAGAUCCGUUCGGACAGCGAGAAGGCCAAGGCCGUGUGGAGCGUUCGUAUCAACUUUGUGAGGUUGACGUGCAAAUGCCGCCGGAAGUUUCCACGUGCCCGAAAUCCGAAAAUCCCUCCACCCGACUCUCCCCUGCAACCUCGAAAUCCGCGUUCGACUUUACACGCUGCGCUUCUCAUCUUCCAGGCAACUUCAACCACUUCCUCUCUCUUUCUCUUGCAGUGCAAGCAAAUGGCAGGGAUGGAUCCGUUCCAGGUGCGCUUGCGCUUCGUCUCCGCGCUGCAACGCGUCAAUGCUUCGCUGCCGACCAUCCAAAAAGCGCUUUCGUUUGUCGUUGAGCACGCAGCCACGCUGCACCCGGAGCUGUGGGAAUGCAUCACCGACGAGCUCAAGUCGGCCAGCAUCAACCGCCGCAUCAACCUGCUCUUCCUCAUCGAUGCCAUCUUCACCGACGAAACGCUCUCUGCAACAGUGCGCUCGGUGUAUACUCCGCACCUUGAACGCGAUCUCUACCUCAUCUUCGACCUCGCCGUUCCGGAAGACCGCUGGAAUGCGCUACUCAAUCUUCCUGCAGCGACCAAGAUGAUCUCGUCGUGGAAAAGCAGAUUUGUGCUCGAGAGGGGGCUAUUGGAGGAUGUUGAGAAGAUGUUGGAGGUGAGACGCGCGGCGCUGUAUGCCAUGUCGCCGGAAAAGAGGCGCAAGACGGUGGUCGAGGCGGGAGACAUGCAGAGACGCAUCGAGGAGGACCGCGAGAGACACAAGCGGCUUCGCGAAAGGGCAUGGAUCUUGCCAGCAACGGCGUACACGAGUCAGAGUCUGUUUGGGACGCGACCAGAACAGCUGGAUCCAACCUAUCUCACCCGAACACAGACGGCGAGUCCCAGAGCGGAGCGGGACGAUGUGGAUGGUGAUAGGGUCUGGACUACCCAGGAUCUCGACUUCAGCCACAUGUGGGAAGAGACAAGCGACUUUAACGAUGACGAUGUCGAGGCGAUACAAGAAGACCUCAAGCUGUCAUGGGCAAACCAACCGCCACCAACACAGCCGACUCCGCAGCCACCAAUACAUCCAUCGCGAGCACAAGAGCGGUUCUCAGCAUCUCGGCCGCCCCGAGAACCCGCUUCAAUGCGGCAUCCCCAACGCGCGCCCUAG